AUGACCAGCCUCGAGGAUCCAUCCAUCCUCUAUCAAAAUAAAGACAAUACCGUCUUAAUAAUCGACAUCCCAACUUCAAUCGCCCAGGCUCAAGAAUUGAACUCCUUCACAGCCGACCCCAGAGAGGACACAUCACCACUGGACAGUCUGGACUCAGAGCCGGGGAGAGGUGUUUCCAGAAAACACCUCCUCUCGUCCCAACCACUUGAAUUACCUUAUCCAUCAUCGUGCGAGCCCAAGACUGAGGUUGCGCGCGCCAGGCUACUUGAACGAGUACCGCCGAGCGAGAGGCUCUUCCAUGAUGAAAUCCAGCUCCUGCUUCAGAGCGCUUUGCGGGAUAUCGAGAACGGAUACUCUGGUGGGCAGUGGUGUCUUCCGAGACGUACAUCUGACGAGGAGAGAACCCGGACGAGGAAACGGGGGCCCGAGUCUGAUCAUUCUGCGCUGAGGAAAAGAUCGAGUGGGCUGCUCCGAGACUCUUCUACAUCAAAGUUUGCCUUGGAUGACCGUGAUUUUGCCUCUAUUCGACCGCCGGUGAUUCUGUCGUCAACAUCAAUCAAUGCCUUUGAGUCGAUAGCGGAGCUUGAUGGUGUCGUGAAGAAUCCAUCGUCUCGAGCUGCUAUUCUAACGAUCGAUUCUCCCGACGAGGGGAUUGAUGGCGCUUCAUCAGAGUAUAUCAUCCCGCCAAGGUCGCACUUUGCGCACUGCACGAUCCCCUUGUCAGAAACGCAAGAUUCCCUUCCCCUUGAAUCUCCCAUUCCCGGACUCCCUCCAAACGAACUAUUCAAUUUGAUCCUAUUGGACCCGCCCUGGCCAAAUCGUUCCGUUCGUCGAAGCGGCCACUAUCAUACACACCCCUACGAGCUUCUCACCCAACGACUACGAAAUAUUUUCCAUGUUCACGCUUAUCACCAAUCCUCCUCUUCAAAGGAUACAGCCACACUUGACCCUUUACAUCUAAAUACAAACGAGAUAUCCGUCGCAGCCAUUUGGAUAACAAACUCCGAAAAAUCCCGCCAAACAGCCUACGAAGCACUAACAAGCACCGGCUUCGCCAUCCACGAAGAAUGGGUCUGGAUCAAGACCACAGUCGACGGACAACCGAUUAUACCAUUGGAUGGACUCUGGAGAAAGCCGUACGAAAUCCUCGUGAUCGGUCGACGAACCCCUGUUGCUGCAUCUACGUCCAAUGAGUCAUAUGAAACCGGAUCCCGGUAUCUACCCAAGAGAAGGGUCAUUGCUGCGGUACCAGAUGUUCACUCGCGUAAGCCGAAUCUGAAAGCCGUCUUUGAGCGGGUGUUUUUCACCUCCGAGUCAAGUGUUGAGAGCUACGCUGCCCUCGAGGUCUUUGCGCGUAACUUGACAGCUGGGUGGUGGGCGUGCGGUAAUGAAGUGCUGAAAUUCAAUGCGCGUGAGUGCUGGGUUGAGCGGUGA